AUGCACUGCAAUUCUCAGUCUGAAUUACCUUUAGAAAAGCUGAUCAUGUUCAUAGCAAAUUUGAGACAGUGUGGGAAUUAUAUGAGAUCAUUGCCUCUUGUGGAUGAUAAAGCCAGAGACAUGCCUAUCAGAAAGCCCUCAAUGGUAACAUCUACUCAAGGUAGGAACAUAAAAUCUCAGCUAUACUUGAGUAAGAUGAGCAGGAAGGAAUUAGAGGACAAUUUUUCUCGACUUCAAGAGGAGAGUUUGCUGAUGAAGGAGUUAUCUUGGAAGCAAGAGGAUCAGAUCAAAAGGAUGAAGACAAAAUUGUUGAGACUAACAGCUGAUAGAAGAACUAGUGGGGAAGCCAAUAGAUCUAGUAGGAAUCUGAAAACUGAAGAAACUAUUGAGAACCUGAAGGACCAAGUAUGGCAGUUGCAACGACACAAUGAAGGACUCAACAACCGUCUUCUGAUGUAUAAACAGCAAUUGCAAGUCCAGAGCUCUGGACGCUCUCCAUAUAGUUAUGUCCAGCCUCGGAUCAAAACAGGGAGGCGGAAGCUUCACACUUCUGAUGCUCAAAUUCUAGCAAAACUCAAAAGAGGUGAGAGAAGACUAAAUCCUAAUGGAUCUGUGUCAGUUUUGCUAAAAUAUAGUCAAAACAAAAGAAUUCAUUGACAACAUUCCCUCACUAGAAUUACAGUAAUAGGUGAGCUCUCUUUCCCUUUUGAAUAAUCUUUGAACAGAUAAUGUUUACUUAGUUGAAUCUGUGGUAUAAUAACAAUCUCAGUGUUUUUCUGGUGAGGCAGGAUGGAGAGGGAGUGGGAGUUGGGUAUAGACCCUAGGGAUAGUGACUGCUAAUUUAGCUCAAAAGCAGGGUUGAUCCUGGGAAUUCUUGUGGCCAGGGCAAAUUCAGAAGGAAUAGUUUAACCCUAAGAGGAUCUGUACUAUACCUUUCACUUUACUGUCAAUAAUUCUUGACCCUUCAAAACUCUACAAGUUAGUAGCAGGGAAGCAGCAGGUAGUAAUG